GGACAUCCAUAAAUUUACUUAUUUUCCUGGCUUUCUUUCUUCUUGACAUCCACCAGGGAGUUUUACUUUCUCGGCUGAUGCAAGACUUUGUAUGGAUCACCGAUGAGAUCCUGAUGCGUAACUAUGACGUGGGGUUUUCCGGCCGGGUCCGUGACGUGUUGUGUCAUGGCCUCUCCCUGCUCCGAAGUUGUGUUACCCUCUACAGCCUCUCGUUGGGUGAUGUCUUCCUGGUGGUCAAGAAAACCGAGGCAGCCAUCAGGGAGCUGAGCCACCAUAGCAUGUCCCUCUUGCCUGUCUUCAUCCAGGAAGCCAUCGGAGCCUGCUCCAUCAAUGCCCUUCUGAUGGAGGUACUGCCGUUUUUGGGGACCCCCGAGCAGCUCGGGAACUUCGUCCUGGCCCACGAAGAACUUCACAACAAGUCUGUCUUGCUGGUUCAGCUGCUCCCCAAAGAUUUCCUUCUACGUCUGGUAAGGGAUAGUUGUCUUGUUGGGCCAAAGUUCUUCUGGGGGGGUUUCUUGUGUUCUUUUCUUUUUGGUUUGAAACUUUUCAUUGCUUAUCUGAAGCAGGUAGCAUAUAUAAAUUCAUAA